CAGGAUUCUCUGAAAACCAGAACAAUUCAUGGCAACUGAGCCCUGUACCUGUUACUCUUUAUCCUCGGCGGGUGAUUAGUUCUUAAAGAGAGAUAGAGAGUUGUCCCAAGAGAGAGAGAGAGAAUGUGGAGGCUUGCAGGUACAGCGGUGGACCUGUUAGUACAGGUUCGGCUAUGGGACUUGGCAGUGGCCUUGCUCGGCCUUUUCAUCUUCAGCGGCGUCUCCCAAAGGCUCCGCCACAAGGGCCCGAUUAUAUGGCCCUUCCUCGGCGUUGUACCCUCCUUCAUCCUUCACAUAGACAACGUCUAUGCAUGGGCCACUAAUGCCUCGCGACAGAGCGGAGGCACCUUCUCCUACCGAGGCGUUAGCCCUGGCCGCCUCUUUGGUGUCGUGACCGUAGAUCCCGCUAACCUCGAAUACAUUCUCAAAUCCAAGUUCAAGAAAUUCCCAAAAGGUAAGUAUUACAGAGAGAGGUUUUCUGACUUCUUGGGUGAUGGCAUUUUUAAUGCAGAUGAUGAUGUUUGGAAAGAACAGCGCAGGGUGGCUAAUGCUGAAAUGCAUUCUAGCAGAUUUGUGGAGUUCUCUUUCAAGACUAUUGAGCAUUUGGUGUGUAACAAGCUUCUUAAAUUGACCGAGAAGCUUGCAGUGUCCCAUGAAAUGGUGGAUUUACAGGAUGUUUUCCUGCGGUUUACAUUCGAUAACAUAUGCAUGGCCGCGUUUGGGGUCGAUCCCGGGUGCUUGGGGUUGGACCUGCCGGACGUGCCCUUCGCGAGGGCGUUCGAGCAGGCGACUGAACUCACAUUGUUCAGGUUCUUGGUGCCUCCUUUUGUGUGGAAACCCAUGAAAUACUUUGACAUCGGCACCGAGAGGCGGCUCAGAGAAGUUAUUAAGGUGGUUCACAAGUUUGCCGAGAAGACGGUGUCAGAUAGGAAGUUCGAGUGUCAGAGGAGUGGCGGCAUUCUUGAUCGAUCUGACCUUUUGACACGGUUGAUUCAGGUGCGAAACGAUGAUAAUUCUCCAUGUUAUUCGGAUAAGUUCUUGAAGGACUUCUGCAUAAGCUUCAUUUUAGCAGGGCGAGACACCAGUUCGGUUGCUUUAGCCUGGUUCUUCUGGCUACUCCAUGAGCAUCCUCAUAUUGAAGACCGAAUUCUCGACGAGAUCCGAGCCAUUAUCAAAAGAAGAAAUAACUUGGGUCCCGAACAUCUCAACGAUGUCAUCUUUACGGCCGAUGAAUUAAAGCAGAUGGAAUAUCUCCAUGCUGCAUUAUCGGAGUCCUUGAGGUUGUAUCCGUCUGUGCCCAUCGAUUUCAAGGAAGUUCUCGAGGACGAUAUAUUACCAAACGGGACGCCCGUCAAGAAAGGCGCUAAGAUCAUCUACUCAGUCUUUUCCAUGGCGAGGAUAGAAUCGAUUUGGGGGAAGGAUUGCUGUGAGUUUAAGCCUGAGAGGUGGAUGAAAGAUGGUGCAUUUGUGAGUGAAAACCAGUUCAAGUAUGCUGUCUUCAAUGCAGGGCCAAGGCUCUGCGUUGGGAAGAAGUUUGCUUAUACACAGAUGAAGAUGGUGGCAGCCUCCAUCCUUUUGAGGUACUCUGUGCAUGUCGUGAAGGGCCAUCCUGUGGUUCCUAAGCUCACUACCACACUGUACAUGAAGCAUGGCCUCUUAGUUACCUUCCACCCAAGAGUUUCAACUUUUCCAUAAAAAAAUAGUCCUGUUUUUAGGUCUCAUAAUAGGGUCCAGACCUUCAAUAGAGAGACAGGAGUCUCUUAGGGCUGCAAUAAAAAUAGUCAUUGCAGAGUCGGUACUCCUUAUGGAAAUCUUUAAGGUUAUGUGUGUGUUCAAAUGUAAAGUCUAGUGAUAUUCUAUGUAUUUUAGUAACUCACAAGCAUCAAAUGUGAGACUGUAAUUUCCUAAAUUUCAAAAAUGAAAUGGAGUAUAGUAACUUAAAGCAUCAAA